GACAAUUCACCCCAUGCAGAACGUCUUCUGGAUUCUUUUUUUUUUAUUUUAGACUCUGAAGUGUUGAACUUUUGGUUUCUUUUGUAACAUGUUUUAUGUUAACACAGCGAUGACUUCACCACUGUUUUCAACAUUUCCAUCAUGUCUAAUGGUGUAUCAUUGCAGCUCUGUCUGACUGUCAAGCUGCACCUCUGCUGAUUCAUUGAUCUGACAUGCUCACUGUCCACACUUCAGCGGCUUUUGAGAACCCGAAGCGUUUGGGAAAGCCAUACGGUUAGGGGCCAGCUUCGUCUGGAAAAACAUCUGUAGGACAAUAAAGCAGUGAUUUACAUCAAUUAGAUAAUCCCAACAGGACACAUUCUGGGUCAAGCGCUCGCCUGCCCUCCUCCGCUCGCUGUCAGCCUCAGGUGAGUGGGAUAGUCAGUUGGCAAGCAAGGGGUAGUGUCUGUCUCCCCCCCUUCAUCUCAGAGGGCUAUAUAUUGGAGGUUGUGACUCGUCUGCAUCUUAAGCAUCACUCGCACCUGCAGAUACGCUGCACAAACAUCUCUGGUUGAUUCCACAGGAUCGCUCAGACACAGAACAGACUCUCAGCCAUGAGGUCCUUGUUGAAGGUCGCCGUCAUUCUUUUCUGCGUCCAGAAGGGAGAAGGCCACUGGCUAAGAUCACUGAUUAGUAAGUGACAGCUAAAGUGAGGAGGUCAUGACCUACUUUUCCUAGAGUUUCCCCAUACGAGAUGUGUUUCUCUUUUCCAGGUCAGAAACGGCAAAUGUCCUCGUUGCCAGAUCUGGACAACAUAACGGAAGCCUCAGGUGUUGAGACGACCUCCGCUCCCAUUAUCCAAAUCCCAGCCCGGACCCGACGCUCGUCUCCAGACUCCAACUGUGGCCUGCGGUCGAUCCAGCUGCAGGUUCGAGACCUGGGGUUAGGCUACGACUCCGAUGAGACCGUCUUGUUUAAAUACUGUAGCGGAACGUGCCCCCACGCUCGCUCCAACCACGACCUGACGCUCACCAAUCUGAAGCUGACCGGACUGCUCCCCCACCCAGCGCCCGGAGAGCUGUGGCACAACGCACCCUGCUGCCGGCCCACCCACCACGAGGACGUGGCCUUCCUGGAUAACUCGCACCGCUGGCACAAAGUGGAGAAGCUCUCAGCUGCAGGUUGUGGCUGUGUGGGCUGAACGCAGAUGGAGGUGAGGGAGCCGUGAACAAUUAGUGAAGACACACCUAAAAACAACAGCAUGUUGGUCAAAUUUACUGAUGCCAUGUUUUAAAAGAACAAAAGCUAUUUUUCUCUGCC